GUACAGAUCUUGGGAUUGGUUUGAUGGGAAUGUGGCGAGUUUUGGUGCAGGGACUUGUUGCCUCCAAGCAGGGAAACCCAUCGAAAUGACUUCCUUCCAUCUUCUCCUUCGGCCAUCCUCACUCUGUCUUCGUCCUACUCCCACCCGUUUCCGGCAACCGAGAAGAACAAUCGCCCCUUCAUCCUGCACUUUCGCCUCAUCGUCACUCAACAGCAGCACACCUUCUUCCUCAACCUUUUCCGCACAGUCAACAGUCCAGGAGUUGGGCAUAGAAUCAGCCGAGCAAGCCAACUCAUGGAUCAGCCAACUCUCCGACUUCCUGAUCUCCCAACCUCUCCAGCCCCUAUCCUAUACCACAACGGUCAUCCUAGCGACGAUCUUAGUCAGAUCCACCACGACCCUACCCGUCUCGAUUUGGUCACGGCUUCGAAUCAAUCGGUUCGAACGGAUCGUCCUGCCGACUUUUAAAGCCUUCAGGACCAACCUAGCUCUCCGAGCCAAACGGGCCUUCCUUGACCCUGCACAGAUCGCGGUCUACCAACGACAUCUCCAAUCAAAGCUGAAGCGCGAGUUGGACCGUCUGAUCUCGGAGAACAGAUGUCGACCAUCGGUGACGAUCAUGGGCUCUCUGGGCAUACAUGUGCCGGUGAUUUAUGGGCUGACGACGGUACUUAGGACGGCCUGUGAGCGGGUCCCUCCUGGCUCUCCACUCGCCAUCGAGCCCUCUCCGAUCCUCGGCGACAGCUUACUCGAGCCCGAUCUGGCCCUCGCCUUGGUCUGCUGGGCUGCCUUCCUGGUGAACAUCGAGCUCAACGCAAGCUUCCGUUACCUCCGGAGAUCCUCCGCCUCCUCAGAUUCAUCAACUCCUAAGACUGCCCAGACCAGAAACCAGGCUUCAUUCAUUGCUAGAGGAUUGAGCUUUUGGACCCCUGAGAAGAUCCGCUCGGCUUCCUUUCUGGCCGGGAUCGGGAUGAUGGGCAUUUCUUCUUCUCAACCCGCUCUGGUACUCAUCUAUUGGCUGACUUCGAACUGCUUUUCGAUCCUCCAGAGCGUCUGUUUUAUAUACCUUGACCACCGUCACAACCUCUUGAAAUCCAGCUCAAAAGAUCAGCCGCUGGUCUCUCCUCCCAAACACCCUCAACCCGUCCCAACAGCUACUCAUCCACAAAUUAAUUCAAGACCUUCGACGGCUCAUCCGCAGGGUAAUCGUCAGUAUUAUAAACAGUCAUCACGUGGUCCGAAGCCCGUGAAGCCUGCUUCUUGAUCUCUACCUUCACGUCUUUGACCGAAUACAUUGUUAGUUAUAUAUCUUCCAAAACUUUGUUGUUUGAAUUCCUGAUCAUUAACCUGUUUCUCUUGACACGGAGAUUACUCAUGUACUGGCACGUCUAUAAUCAUUGUCACUUGUCCAUUUCAUCUCAAGGGUGAAAACCCAAAGACCAGAGAGAAGUAAUUGUUGAUCAGGCAACAGGUCAUAUAGCAGCUUUUUUAUUUUGAAAAUAAAAGCAAUAAUCUUCAAAA